AUGCAGUCGAACGCCCUCGUGAAGCAGGCUGCGCGGCCGAGCGCCGCCCAGCGCCGCACGCGACCUCAGCGGCCGUGUGCGCGGUAUGGAGGCGGAAUGGGCGGCAUGGGCGGGGGCCGGGGCGGGGGCGGCGGGGGCUUCGAGAUGAACCGGCGGGACGAGCGGGGCCUGAUCAUGCCGGGCGAGGGCGGCGGGCAGGGCAACCAGGGCGGCAGGCCCUCCACGCUGUACGUUCCCGGGCAAGAGAGCCAGUCCCAGCUCGGCGGCCGGCAGCUCCUGGACGCGACCGGGAAGCGGGACGCCGAGGCACGGAGCGGACCGGUCAACCCGUUCCGUCCGCCUCCGGGGUUCAUGGAGGGCAGUGACGUCAAGAAGAUCGACAUGGACCCCGACACCAUGCUGCGGCGCCUGGGCGCCAUGGCGGCGCCGUGGCACGAGCUCGCGGACCUCCUCCUGGAGCUCAACCGGCAGGGCUACGACGGCACGAUCAUCGAGGAGAUGGCGGACAUCCCGCGCCCCGUGCAGUCGUGCUGGAUGGUGGCGUCCAACGUGUACCGCACGCUGGUCAAGACCGGGGAGCUCACCGAGGACGAGCUGUCGUACUUCGACCCCCCCGAGCGCGCCGAGUGCCUCCUCGAGAUGCGGAACGUCACCGCCGAGCGCCGCGCCCCCGCCGCGCGCUACAUCCAGGAGCAGGGCUUCGACGGCGAGAUGUCCACCGUGCUGGCGCGCGCCGUCAAGGAGCACGAGCGGAAGCGCGACGGGUACCACAACUUCUCGGAGCACCCCGGCGACGCGCUGGCGUUCAAGUACUGGCGCGACGCGAACGAGGCGCGCCGCAAGGACGACAUCGAGCGCUUCGCGAAGAAGGGCCUCGCCUGCUGCGUCACCGACGGCGCGCGCGCCGCGUUUGAUGACUUCUUCGCCUCGGACAAGCCGCGGCCCGACGCGCUGCAGACGUACCCGGGGGAGAUCAACUUCGUGCGGCUGACCGCGGAGGAGACGGCGUUCCGGCCGCUGCCGGUCGUGGGGGCGCUCGGGGAGGUGGCUGCCGCGCAGGUGGAGGGCGCGCCGCGGACGGGCGUGCGCGGGGCCUUCCUGCUGUUCAAGCCCGGGGGCGACGCGGGGCUGGAGUGGGCGUCGAUGCCCGCGUGGCUCCCGCUCCAGAAGGCCAAGGCGCCCGUCGGGCUCAUCGUGGAGGACUGCGCGCAGCACGCGGAGCUCCUGUUCACCGCGCAGGCGAAGAACAAGGACGACGCGAAGCGGCUGCGCGAGGGCGAGGCGAUGAUCAUCGGGGACCGCCGCGAGGGGAUCCAGGUCCAGCCCAAGGAGUUCUACCUCGUCGACGAGGGCGGCCGGGCGGUGCUGGCGAGCGGCGCGGCGGUCGGGGAGCGGACAGUCCUCGCGGAGGUGCUCAUGGCCGUGCGGCCGUUCGCCCCCGAGAUGAAGGGGCUGGGGGCGAGCCUCAUGAAGGGCGUGAAGCUCUGA